UUAAAAAAAACCCUGAACCCAUUCCUCAGAAAUUCAAAAUCAAUUUCAUCGGGUGACACUUGGGGUACUUUGAACUCCCCCACUCACUACCAUUGUCGUGAUUCUCGGAUUAUGCUCUAGUUUGAUUUCGCCAUGGUUGCUUCGAGGGAUGUCCAUGAGAUCGUCUCCAAGCUCUCGUCAGAUAAAGCCAAGACUCGCGAAGAUGGUGUCAAGUUAUUGAAUACAUGGCUCGAAGGGGAAAGGUCAAUUACCUUUUGUAGAUUUCUUUCGCAAAACACUGCUAAGCUAAAGUUGGACGAGAUUCCAAAUGCUGAAACGUGGCCCUUUUUGGUUAAACUUCUCCUUCAAUGUGUCUCAAUGGAGGUGUCAGGUAGUAAGCGACGGAUGCCCAAGCCAACUUUUGCAAAGACACUUCGCGUUGUCGUUCAGCGAACAGAAGAAACUAAAUUUCCUGGUGUACAAUUUCCUUUGCUAUCUAUGGCUAAAACCCUUUUUACUCAUGUACAUGAUAUCUUGAGCAACACACCAAGCUUUCAGUCAGAGUAUGGUACCAUACUCCGCCAUCUUUUGGAAAUUAAGGAGUACCGUUUUCAAAUGAGGAAGCGUACAUAUUCCAGUUUGGUGCUGCUAUACAUGGAAAGGGCUGAGACAGGGUUUUGCGAGAAAAACAGUGGUCAACAUAGCCAGAAGGAGGAAGCUUUUCGCUAUAUUCUUACGCUUCAGUCACUUCUAGAGAACUCCCCUGGUGAUUUUCCUGAUGACCUUCGAGAAGAAAUUGUGAACGGCCUCAUUCACAUCUUCUCUUCUGUAAGAGAUGAGGGGAAGCUUUCACGCAAGCUUAUUGAAUGUGUAAAUACGUUCUUGCUGAAGGAUGGUCCUAAUUUAGGCUCUUUGUCAUUGGAAAUUCAUAAUGCGGUUGAACAAUUUGUGUUCCGUUGCUGGUUAACAACCCAUGAUAAAAACCUCAAGGAGAUACUUGUUUCUUAUGGAAGGCUACAGUUAAAUUUGACAAGGGAUUCUAGUGAAUCUAGUUCUCUAGUGGAACAACUUUUGGACGUGGUUACUCGUGAAUUGGAUCUUGGUAGUUCAUCAAGUUCUGCAUCAUGGGGUGAUACAACAAAGGAUGAAAAGUUAGGGGCACUGAGCAGCUAUCAGAAUAGCUUGGUUGAGCUGGCUGCACAUGUGUUCUACCGGGCAUGUGUCAAUACAUCUAGACCAUCACUGUCAGAGAAACGAGCUCGUAGGCAACAUAUUGCGAUGCGUAUGGUGGAUGCACUAACUGAAGGAAAAUGGCUAUGGUGUGCUGCUUUUGGUUGUUUAGUUCGGAAUUAUUGUGCUCGCAUCAAUAUGGAUCUCCUUAUUUACUGGUUUGAAGCCAUCUGCACAAACUUUCAGAGACUUCUGGAGGAUGCCAGUAUGAGACGUUCUUAUGAUGGUCUACUAUGGACUUUGAGGAGUUUGCAAGGGCUCUCCUCUGGUUUGUCACUUCCAGAUAUUACUAUGGACAUAUCGAAGUCAUCUGCUUCUUCAAGCGAGCUAGAUCGUGGUUGGCAAUCGAUUUGGAGUUCUUUAAUCCACGGGCUAGCAACAUUCAGCAGCAUGAGUGUAAUUGUUGAUGCUGUCUUGGUACUCCUUGGAUCAAUUAUUUCAAGUAACCACAUUACCGUUAAAAUUCUGCCUCAAGAAGUUUGGGAUCAUCAAUUAUUCAGACACAUACCCUCUGAGCCGGCCUUGUACUUCAUUGCAUGUUACUUUUCACGUAUGGGUUGCCAGGGAAACCUGCAAGAUGAUUUACAUCUUCGACGAAAUCUUCUUAGAGCAGUUUGUGCCCCUCUAAGUUGGAAGGUUCGUUUGACUCUAGAUGAGAGAAUGGUCCAGCUUCUACCAGCAGCUGCUUUUUCCCUAUGUGCUGGUUUCAAGGUUUCACUUCCAUUGCCUAAGGAACAUCUUCCAACACCAUCUCAAUGGGAUGUCUGUGAACAGAUAGAUGAUGUUGAUCGAGAAAGAAAUUUUGGACUCUUUGAAUGCUCUGUGGAGGCUCUAACAAGAAUUUGCUCAAAUUCUAGCAAGAUCUCUGGCUGCCAAGUUCCUGACGUAGUACAACUACCUCUGGUGUUAAGAGAUCCAUUGCUUCAUGACAUGGAUAUCUAUUUUCUUAGCAUUAUACCGGAGGUCAAGGAGAAAGGACCAUUGUCUGACAUCUUUAUGGGAUGUGCUCUGUUGUGUCAUUUUAUGCAUGGUUCUUACAUCACAAGGAAGGGUAAAGGAAGCAGUUCGUUCUUCUUAAAGGCAUGCCAGUAUUUGUUAGAAGGCCUGGAUCAUGCUGUUGAAUCAGUUUCAAAGAGCCUCAAUGAUCUUCAAAGGCGUGGUUCCUUAGGGUUUGGCUCAGAUUUUAAUGAGAAAGGUUCUAUAAUAGUUUCAUUGAGGUCCUUUACUCAAUCUCCUGUCUUCAGCAACAGAAGAGACCAAAAUCUCCUUGGCGCUAGUUAUGAUUUUGUAAUUCAUUCCUUAGAGAACCUUUUGCGGUCUUUUGCUAAAGUCUAUGAAGAAUAUACUGAGCACGCAUGGAAUACACAUUCAGACACUGUACCUUCUAAAUCCUUAGCACCUGAUUCCCCAGAAGUUGGCAGGAUUGUGGAUAUGGAUUUAGAUUUAGCUGAAGACACUAAAGAGAGGGAUAUUAUAGCUGCUGGGGGAAAAGCUGUACCUGGCCUGCCCGUUUCUAUGGGUAACUGGAAGUUGGGCAUGGUAUCGCUUAUCUCAUGUUUUUCUCCGGUACUUCAGUUUCCUACAUGGGAUGUUCUAUAUAAUCUAUUGGAGAAGGAAUCUGAUCCUAAGGUACUGGAAAAUAUACUGUAUCAUCUAUGCAAGCUUUCAUGCUUGACUUCUAUUCCGAAGGUUGAUGAUUUGGUUAUUUUCUUGGAUGGCAUGCUUAGCACACAAGUAAAGAUGAAGCGUAACUGUCUCAAUAUAGUCACUGCUCUGCAUGUUUUACUUCAUACUUUAUCAUCCUCGAGGAGGGAUUCCUCUGGAGUCGAAAAAAAUUGUGGUUUGUCUUUGAAAGAAGCAGAAAGUUUUCAGGUCUUUGUCCAACUUGGCGCAAUGGUGAAUAAAGUUUCUGAAUUUGGUCUCUUGGGAUGGUUUGGGCGUGUCAAGCUGAUCAACUGUAUAUGUGAUCUUGUCUUACUUAAUCCUCAGACUGGUCAGACAAUGAUUGAGCGACUUCUGUUGAUGCUAAGUGACUCUGAUUAUCGAGUGAGGUUUGUCUUGGCAAGACAAAUUGGGAUUUUAUUCCAGACGUGGGAUGGCCAUGAGGCAUUAUUCCAAGAUAUUUGCUCCAGCUUUGGUAUUAAAUUGGUAACCUCCUCAAAGGAGAAACUAGUUACCGCAAAAGAUGUUUUGGCUGUUGGUCCUCAGCCUCGCCAAAAAAUGGAGACUGUCAUCAUUACUCUUAUGCACCUCGCUUAUCACAGUGAGAACAUAGAGUUGCAGGCUGUAUUUAUGAUGUGCGCUGUUUCAGCUAAAGAUCCCUGUCAGAGGGAAUUAAUCAUUGCCGCACUUGACAAUUUAUCAGCACAACUCCAUUACCCAUCUAGGUUCAAGUACCUGGAAGAACUCUUGGGCCCAAUCCUUUUUCACUGGAUUGCAUCUGGUGUCAGUUUAGCUGGCCUUAUUGAGACAAGUCAGCUUUUCAUUCCAAACGCUGAACCGAAAUAUUUCAUCCACUUUUGUUCCCACUGGCUGCUUCCAGCUCUUCUAUUGCAUGAAGAUCAUACUAACCUCGACUGGGUAGCUAAGAUGGCUGGCCAACCAGUGGUUGUUUUGGUCAAAGAAAAUUUUGUGCCAAUAUUUUCGAUAUGUAUGGGAUUGCACUGUAGUAAAACGUCAGAAUGUGAUAAAGGUGCAAUGGUGCUUCAGAAUUCAAUAUUGUAUGUAGGUGAGACCAGCGAGAAUGAGAGGGACAAGCUGAUUAAACAGAAUAUGGUGUCUAUUGUUAGUUUUAUUUUAUCAUGCGCUUCGUCUUCACCGGAACCUCCAGUUCCUACUUUUUCUCGUGACACUAUUUCACUUGCAGUUCAAACAGUUGUGGAUGGUUUUCUGGAAAACACUGAUUAUCCUAAGAAUGCGGCCAUCACUGACAGGAUAAACAUUUUUCGCCCGGAUAGAGUGUUCAUGUUCAUUACAGAAAUGCACUAUAGAAUGUCAGCUGCAUGCCAUCAUCGGCAUACGCGUCAUCAUUUGGCCGCUCUUGAAGAGCUUACAAUUCUUCUUGGUCAUAGAGCGUUAGUUCCAAGUUCCUUAAACUACAUAUUCAAUCUUGUUGGACAAUUUAUCGGCUAUCCCUCACUACAAGACCAGUGUUGUAGUAUAGCGUCCUGUUUGCUGGAUUUGUUCAAAAGCAAUCCUGCCAAAGAAAUUGUUAGUGUACUAGGUGACCAACUCCAAUUUUUGGUUUCAAAGCUGGUUACAUGCUGCAUUGAUGCUGAAGCAGAUACCAAAAUUUCUGGUGCGAAGUCAUCUCAACUGGUUAAUUUGCUACACAAGCUAGUUGUUAGUUCAGACUCUUCUCUUAAUGAAGAUAUCAGAGACUUGGAACCACUCCCGGAUUUAAAAUAUUUCCAAGUCAUUCGUGAAUCACACAUUAGGAUCUGCGAAGCAUAUUCUCCGAGGAAUCAUCUGUUGAAGGUUGAACACUCUACAUUUUUAAUUUACAUUUUUCUUGAAAUUUUAUCACUAUCCAACUUUUUGUUUCUUUCCUGUUCCACUAUCCAACAGUGUUCUAGAAGAUCUAAUUAUCUUCCACCGAGAUUCCUUUCCAGGAGUCUCCAAGCACUGCAUAACAAGCUCAUAGCUUCUGAAGUUUCUCAAGAAGAUACAAAUGGAGAAACUGCAGAAACAUUUUGGCAGUCUGACGAUGAAAUUGUAAAUGCUGUUUGGACUCUUGUCCGAGUGUCUGCCUCUGAUGAAGCCGAUAGUAUGAGACUUUUGGUGUCUGAUUUUCUUUCCAGGAUUGGUAUUAGGGACCCCCACACUGUUGUUUUCCAUCUUCCUGGGAACUUAGUCUCCAUGCAUGGUCUUCAAGGUUUUGGCCAUAAUACUGGAUCAAAAGUCAGAUCUUUGACUGAGAACGGCAUAUCCGAUGAAACCCUUAUCACACUGCUAAAUUUUCUGAAGAAGUAUCUUUUGGAUGACUCCGUAAAGAUUAUUGAUGUAACAUCACAAACCCUUCGGGGAAUUCUUUCAACCGAAAGGGGCCAGCAAGCAUUAUCAUCUUUUGAUUCAUGUGAGAGAGCUUUGAUUGAGGUGCAUGGUAGGGGCGUGAACCUUGACAUUGUGGAAAAGAUCUUAUUGGAUAGCCAAAAGCAGUUCAAAGCCGAGAAAUUUUCACUGGAGACGCCCGAAGUGUGGUCCACAGAUAAUAAAAACUUUGAUAGAUGGAUUUGUCAGCUUGUGUACUGUAUGAUCGCUUUAUGUGAGGAUGUCCCAAUAAGGUUAUGCCAGAACAUAGCAUUGCUGAAAGCUGAAAUCUCUGAGCUUCUAUUCCCUAGUGUUGUUGUUAGUCUUGCGGGACGGAUAGGGAUGGAUAUCAAUUUACAUGACUUAAUUACGUCACAGGUGAAAGAGCAUAUCUUCACUGAUUCAAACAAGCUAACAAAAUCGAAGCAAGUUAUGUUAAAUACUCUGAAUGAACUGCGGAUGUGUUAUGUCCUCGAAAGAUCGAUUUUUUCUGGGCAAACAAAGAGAGAAAAGAAUUCAAGAUCUUGUUCCACAGCUGCUAAGAUUAGAGAUGUGGAAAGUGGAUCAAAUGGAAUGGCAGCGUCCAUAACUACUAAUUGGGAGAAGGUUUAUUGGCUUUCCAUUGAUUAUCUUGUUGUUGCCGGAUCAGCAGUAGUUUGUGGUGCAUAUUUGACUGCUUCCAUGUAUGUGGAGUAUUGGUGUGAGGAGAAAUUUGGCAAUCUAAGCCUUGGAGAUCCUGAUUUUUCUUAUCAUGAUAAGUUACCGGAUCAUGUUGAGAUACUUGUGUCUGCAAUAACAAGAAUAAACGAGCCUGACAGCUUAUAUGGGGUUAUACAUUCAAAUAAGUUGUCUGCUCAAAUAAUCACAUUCGAGCAUGAGGGAAACUGGACUAGGGCACUCGAGUAUUAUGACUUGCAAGCACGUUCACAGAAAAUGGUGGUGCCAAGUAGCCUUUCUGAAAAUCUAGAGGUGGAACAAUUUCAGCCAACAACUAGUGCACGGCAUUCGGUUUUUGGUGAAGGGGAGGUCCAGAGACAACCGUUCAAAGGACUCAUUAGGUCGUUGCAGCAGACAGGCUGUAUGCAUGUCCUGGAUUUGUAUUGCCGAGGCUUAACUUCCCGAGAAGGAUGCUUUCAGUAUGAUCCCGAGUUCAUCGAAUUGCAGUAUGAGGCUGCAUGGCGAGCAGGAAAAUGGGAUUUUUCAUUACUUUAUCCGCAAACACAUUGCCAACCUCUGCAACAUGCAAAGAACAAUAAUUAUCAUGAAAGUUUGCACUGUUGUUUGAGAGCAUUGCAAGAAGGGGAUUACGAUGGGUUUUAUGGAAAACUGAAGGAUACUAAGAAGGAGCUUGUGUUGUCCAUUUCCCGUGCAAGCGAAGAAAGCACUGAAUUUAUAUACUCAACAGUAGUGAAACUUCAGAUUCUUCAUCAUCUUGGACUAGUUUGGGAUCUUCGCUGGACGACAUCUUCGCAUCAAAGUGUGCAUGGCUAUCUAGUCAAACAAAUGGCAUGCGUAGACCCCGUCAUUCCAACAAUGGAUCAGUUGUCUUGGCUGAAUAAGGAUUGGAACUCUAUUAUUACGCAAACUCAGUUGCACAUGACUUUGUUGGAGCCAUUUAUCGCAUUUAGGCGAGUUCUUCUCCAAAUCUUGGGAUGUGAGAAAUGUACCAUGCAACAUCUUUUGCAGUCUGCUUCAUUACUUCGCAAGGGAACAAGGUUUUCUCAUGCAGCUGCGUCUCUGCAUGAGUUCAAGUUUCUUUGUGCAAGAAGUAAUGGACAACAACCCGUUCCAGACUGGCUUGGAAAGCUUGAAGAGGCGAAGCUAUUACAUGCCCAAGGGCGGCAUGAAGUUUCCAUUAGUCUUGCAAACUACAUUUUACAUAAUUAUCAAUUAAAGGAAGAGGCUUCAGAUAUAUAUCGUGUCAUUGGAAAGUGGCUAGCAGAAACCAGAUCUAGCAAUUCUAGAACUAUUUUAGAGAAGUAUCUCAGGCCUGCAGUUUCGCUUGCUGAAGAACAGAGUUCCAAGAUCUGCAAAAGAUUAGUAGAUAGACAGAGCCAAACUUGGUUUCAUCUGGCUCAUUAUGCAGAUGCUCUAUUUAAGAGUUAUGAGGAAAGACUCUCCUCCAGUGAAUGGCAAGCUGCACUGCGGCUACGAAAACACAAGACGAAAGAGUUGGAGGUGCUUAUUAAACGGUUUAAGAGUUCAAAGAAGGCGGAGCAAUCUGACUAUUCACUGAAGAUCCAAGAUCUGCAGAAGCAACUAACAAUGGAUAAAGAAGAAGCAGAAAAACUGCAGGUUGACAGGGAUAACUUUCUGAAACUUGCAUUGGAGGGUUAUAAACGUUGUCUGGAAAUUGGUGACAAGUAUGAUGUUCGAGUGGUAUUUCGGCAAGUAUCCAUGUGGUUCAGUCUUGCCUCCCAGAAAAAUGUUAUUGAUAACAUGUUGAGCACCAUUAAAGAGGUCCAGUCCUACAAAUUUAUACCCCUUGUUUAUCAAAUUGCUUCAAGGUUGGGCAGUUCCAAAGAUGAAUCAGGAUCUAACAGCUUUCAGUCUGCAUUGGUUUCGCUUAUCAGAAAAAUGGCCAUUGAUCAUCCAUACCAUACAAUCUUGCAGGUUCUGAAGUGUUAUCCAUCUCUUGUACUCUUUAUAUUUCUUCUUUUCUGUUUGGUUAAUUGGCAUCGGACUUGCUAGAAGUGCACACGGUAAAAUCCUUGAGUGUCCUAUGAUAUCCCGAAUCUGUUGAAAGAAUGGAAACACAGUAAAGUAUGUUGUGCUGUAUAGCAUGCCAUCGAAAUUACAUUAUUACCAAGUGACUUUGUCUAUCUUAUUCGAAGUCAAGUUUCUGAAUACUGGAUAUAUGUCUCGUAUUUUUCUGUUGCUUUUGGUUCUAGCUUCUGGCUUUGGCAAACGGUGACCGUAUCAAGGAUAACCAACGCAGUAGAAAUUCUUUUGUGGUUGAUAUGGAUAAAAAGCUUGCAGCAGAGCAUCUCCUGCAGGAUGUAUCACAUUAUCAUGGGCCUAUGAUUAGACAAAUGAAACAACUGGUAGAUAUCUACAUCAAGCUUGCAGAGCUUGAAACAAGGAGAGAGGAUACCAAUAGAAAGGUAGCACUACCAAGAGAGAUUCGUAGUGUGAAACAACUGGAACUUGUACCUGUGGUGACUGCAACAAUUCCUGUUGAUCGUAGCUGCCAAUACAAUGAAGGGUCAUUCCCGUUUUUCAGAGGUUUAUCAGAUUCUGUUACAGUGAUGAAUGGUAUAAAUGCUCCAAAAGUAGUUGAAUGUUUUGGUUCUGAUGGCCAAAAAUAUAAGCAACUUGCGAAAUCUGGCAAUGAUGACCUCAGACAAGAUGCUGUUAUGGAACAAUUUUUUGGCCUCGUCAAUACCUUUCUACACAAUAACCGGGACACUUGGAAGAGAAGAUUAGCUGUGCGCACAUACAAGGUUAUUCCUUUUACUCCAAGCGCUGGUGUUCUUGAGUGGGUCGAUGGCACAAUUCCACUUGGAGAUUAUCUUAUAGGAAGCUCAAGGAGUGAGGGUGCUCACGGUCGUUAUGGCAUUGGAAACUGGAAAUACCCCAAAUGCCGAGAACAUAUGUCGAGUGCGAAGGACAAGCGCAAAGCCUUCGUGGAUGUCUGCACAAACUUCAGGCCUGUCAUGCAUUACUUUUUCCUGGAAAAGUUUCUGCAGCCUGCUGACUGGUUUGUCAAGAGGCUUGCUUAUACACGUAGUGUUGCAGCUAGUUCAAUGGUUGGGUACAUCGUUGGUCUUGGUGACCGACAUGCCAUGAAUAUUUUAAUCGAUCAAGCUACAGCAGAAGUUGUCCACAUAGAUCUUGGAGUUGCUUUUGAGCAAGGAUUAAUGCUCAAGACUCCUGAAAGGGUUCCGUUCAGACUGACAAGAGACAUCAUUGAUGGAAUGGGUAUCACAGGAGUGGAAGGCGUUUUCAGGAGAUGUUGCGAAGAAACCCUGUCUGUGAUGCGAACAAAUAAAGAGGCACUGCUUACAAUUGUCGAAGUUUUUAUACAUGAUCCUCUGUACAAAUGGGCCUUGUCCCCCUUAAAGGCUUUGCAAAGACAGAAGGAAACUGAAGAUUAUGAUGGCAUGAACUUGGAAGGGUUACAAGAGGAGUUCGAGGGAAACAAGGAUGCAACACGUGCCUUGAUGCGUGUCAAGCAAAAACUUGAUGGCUACGAGGGUGGUGAGAUGAGAAGCAUACAUGGCCAGGCACAGCAACUAAUACAAGACGCAAUUGACACAGAUCGUUUGUCCCAUAUGUUCCCUGGCUGGGGAGCUUGGAUGUAACCAACCUUCUAUAUGCUUCCAAUUUUUUGUCUAUGAAUAGAGAAAUCUUUAUGUAAAGUUGAAAAAUACUCGGCUGCCAAAUUUUGUCUAGCUUAGGAUGGGAGGAGCAAUCUAAAAACGGCUUUUGCGUGGAACAGAACAAAUAUGUGAAGUAACAAGCUCAAGCCUAUAAUAUAUUACUGCUUUUGUGCA